AUGUCAGGUUGUGGAAGCAUUGGAGGACUUUUUGGUGAUGUGAAGAAUUCAGUGGAUGAUGAGUUUAUCGAAACAGCAGUGAAGAGGGGGAUCAAUUACAUCGAUACGGGAUAUUGGUAUGGCCAAGAGCGAUCCGAAGAACUCCUUGGACAGGCAAUUCUGAUUCUAAAUAUUUCUCGCAUGAGAUUCACCAAGAUUGGGCGAUUUGAAUUGGACUUUACACGAGCGUACGACCUUCGUGCUGAUACCCUCCUCAAGCAGCUCACAGUGAGCCUAAAGAAGCUGAAAUUAGCAUAUGUUGAUAUUUGCUACUUACAGGUCAGUCAGGUUGCAACUCUUCCCUAA